GUUAUCAAAAUGCUGGUGAUAGUAGUGGCCGUUUUCACACUGUGUUGGCUGCCUUACGAAAUUUACCUGGUGCUGAACGAGGUGGCUCCUCAAGUCAACGAGUAUUACUACAUAAACGUGAUAUUCUUCUGCUUCCAUUGGCUGGCGAUGAGCAACUCCUGCUUGAAUCCGAUCAUUUACGGGAUUUAUAACGUAAGUGUGGACGAAGGGCGAGUUUGCCUGCCGGCCUUGUAA